CAUGUCGGCUUCUGGCCCCAUAAGCAACUACUAUGUUGACUCCUUGAUAAGCCACGAGAAUGAAGAGCUCUUGGCCUCCAGGUUCCCCGGCUCUGCCUCCCACCCGGCUGCCUCCCGACCGUCAGGAUUAGUCCCGGACUGUGCCGACUUUCCAUCCUGCAGUUUCGCCCCCAAGCCGACCGUUUUCACCACCUCUUGGGCUCCAGUUCACUCCCAGUCCUCGGUGGGCUACCACCCGUACGCCCCCCAGGCGCCCGUCGGGGCCGAGCCCAGGUACAUGCGGACUUGGCUUGAGCCCCUCGCUGGGGCCGUUUCUUUCCCGGCCUUCGCCCCCGGUGCUCGCCCCUACGGCCUGAAGCCCGACGCUUUUCCCGGGAGACGGGGGGAGUGCGGCCCCGCCGACGGCCGAGGCUACGCGGAGUACAUGUACGGGGCUCCGGGGGAGCUGAGGGACAGAGCCGCGCAGACAAUUCCCUCCCCGGAGUCCGAAGCCAUCGCUUCCAGCAAACACAAAGAAGAAAAGCACGAAUUAGACCCUAACAAUCCCGUGGCAAAUUGGAUUCAUGCGCGCUCCACGAGGAAGAAAAGAUGUCCUUACACAAAGUAUCAGACCCUGGAACUGGAAAAGGAGUUUUUAUUCAAUAUGUAUCUCACACGGGACCGGAGGUACGAAGUAGCCAGAGUCCUAAACCUCACGGAACGCCAAGUCAAAAUCUGGUUUCAGAACAGGCGAAUGAAAAUGAAGAAAAUGAAUAAAGAGAAAACCGAUAAAGAACAGCAAUAAAAAAAAAAAAGUUUGGCCAAGUCCGUGAGAAGCGAGGGGCGGAGAGGAAAAAAAAAAAAAAGACAAACAAAAAACCCAACAAACAUACAAAAAAAAAAACCACAAAAAAAAGAGGAAAAGAACACAACAAAAAAAAAAAAAAGAGAGAGAAAAUA